UAUUAGCAUUGAAGCUUUACCAUUCAAGUUUAAUUAAACAAAACGAAAAACUUAAAAUAUGUCAUCACAAGCCAGUGAGCAGGAUGAAAGAGAGCAAAUUCAGGAUGACAUUGAACGUUUGCAACUUGCCUUGCAAGAAGAGGACGAAUACGAAGACACCGACGAUGAGAACGUUCUUCACAUUGACCAAGAUUAUAUUCCCGAUUAUGACGAUGGUUCCAAACCUGGUCCAAGUGGUAUCAUCACAUAUGAGCAAGCUGAGGAAGAAGAUGAGGAGACAGCUGACAUACAGCUGGGCGCAGCAGACCUAGCACAGCUACAGAUGGUAGGGGAGGAUGGUGAAAUUGUCAUCAAUCCAGAGACUUGUCUUGCCUUGAAUAGAGCCUACCAAGAAAUUCUCCUUGACCUUCUCCGGAAAAUAGAAAUAUCACUGCAGGAAAACAGGAAUAAACAGACUACACUGGAAGAGGAGCUAAGUGUGAAAUCCGGUAGAAAGAACAUAUCCUCAUCAGAUUCGAAUUCCGUAAUCAAACCUCUCACCUGGUUUAGAGUGCCAUUCUUCAGAGAUGUUAACGGAAGGCAUGCACCACAGAAUGAGGAUGUAGAGUUGAAAAAGACACUCGGGGAAAUUAGACAGGACCAUUUAUACCCUGUACUAUGGUACCGGGGACAGAGAGAUCUUCUGAAAGAGGCAGUUAAGAGAGAAGCACAAGAGAAACUCAUCAGACCAUUAAUGAAUAAGAAAGAAGUAGAAGCAGAAAAGCACUUGUUAGCAGAUAAAAAUAAAAAAUCAAAGGUUAAGAAGGAGAUUGAAGCAAACCUUAAGGACAUUGAUUUGCAGAUCGAAGACAUCAGAUCCUACAACCUGGAAACACUGGUUAGCAAACUAAAAAUAGAGGAUAUUGAUUGGAUGAAAAUUUCAAAUAUUGAUUUUUUCGGGAAGCAUGGUCCUGAAGACUGCAAGAAGUUCUGGGUGAAUGUAUUACAGCCAGAAAUCAACAAGGAUAAGUGGGUCCCAGAAGAAAGAGACCUUCUCCAGGAACUGGCCAUUAAACAUGAAAUGAGCAACUGGGAUAUAAUAGCAAAAGAGCUUGGGACGAAUCGAUCUGCUUACCAAUGCUUGCAAUAUUACCAACAGAACCUGAAUAUAAACUUCAGCUCACGAGAAUGGACUGAGGAAGAAGAUAAUUUACUGAGGGAGGUUGUGGAGAAUUGUAGAGUUGGCAAUAGAAUAUCAUGGAAUCAGGUGUGCUACUUCAUUGAGGGAAGGAAUUGGAAACAGUGUCAGCGGCGUUGGAUACAGAUAGAUCCAACAACCAAGAGAGGUCGUUGGUCAGCAGAGGAGGACUUUUUGUUACUCAGUGCAGUUCACCUCCAAGGGACAGCCAACUGGAAGCUGAUCCAGGAAAUGGUUCCUGGGCGAUCUGCAUACCAGUGUCGGGACCGGUACACCAACUGUCUCAACCCCGACCUGAAACCACCUACGACCUGGACCUAUGAGGAGGAUAAAGUAUUGCUACAAUUGGCCAGCAAAUAUACUGACAAAGAAAGUUCUGGUAUAUGUUGGACAAAAAUUGCUUCAGAGAUGGAAGGGCGGACUGACAAUAUGGUCUUAAACCGUUACAAGCGGCUCAAAUCGUGGAAGAUUCAGUCUGAUUGGCUCAGUUCACAAAAUGAUGAAACAAAGGCCUAUCUGGGCACCAUGUUCAACAAAGGUACAGAUGGAGCAAAUACUCAGGAGCCAGCUGCCAUUGCUAUACCACAUUCAUGGACGUUUGCAUCAGGGGUGCAGCGAGAUGAUUAUCUCAAACAGAUACGUGAUAAACAGGCUGGUGACAUUGUAGUGCCACGUCCCCCCCUGAGUCACAAGUUUAGCACACGUAAUAUGGAACAAGUAUGGCAACGUAAACUUCAGCUUAAGAAACUUGUGGAGCACCAUUUACAGAAGUCAUUGAAUAAGAGUGUCACCUCAAAGGACAAGAUGCUCAUUCCCUCCAAAACUGCAAAAGAAUUUGUACCUUUUGUUAAAUUGAACAAAAAGCAGCGGAUAGAAAUGGAUGACCUUUUCAAGGGCAAAGAUCCACAUAAUGUUAAAGUAUCUGACAUACUUGCCAUUACAAACAAGUUCAAAGAACAUGAAAAUGCAGCAACACGAAAACGUGUACGUCGAUUCACCAAGGACAGUCGCAUUGACCGCAAAAUGGCUGACAUAAUCCAGAUGAAGAAGUAUCCCUUAAUGAUAACGCGUAGUGGUGCAGGGCGCCCCAAAAAGUACAAUAUCUUCCAUCCACAUGGCAAAGUUUCAAGUACGUACACUCCAGAGAAUGUUACACAGCUAACCUCUGUAUCCACCACACUUAUGUUGUCUGCUCUUGAAGUGAAUGGCCAUAAGGCUUUGGAAAAUGCACAGAAAAAGCCAGAAAAAGAAAUGACUGAAUUGGAAAAGGAAGAAUUCACAAUGCUUAAGAAACUUUUCCCACCAUUGCCAGCAUCUAUGAAAGGCCAGCUUGCAUCUAAUUCAAAAUUAAUGACCCUUCAGAAGGUUGGGUCUCCUGGAAUAGUUCACUCAGGGCCAGUAACUAAGGGACAGUCUAUAGCAAAAGCUGGUGAAAUGUCAGUGGAAGCAUUACAGGGACUUACCUUGUCAGUAACCAAUAAAACUCCUGAUUCCUCUAGUGGAAGGAGGGCAUCUGGGUCAAAAUCAGUGAAGGAAGGAACAGUAGCACAGAACAGUAUACAGACAUCAGUUUCUGUGACCAGCUCGGAAGGUCCAGCCACCAGCGGAAAUACAACAAUUUCUAGUCAUAAAGUAAGAGUUUCAAAACCAACAUCACAACCCACAGCCAUACUGAAACCACAAAAUGUAGCAAGUUCUGGUUUAAGGACUUCUGAGAGACAGAUUCGUAAGUCAGUUUCGAGGACUAUUCCACAGACAGUGUCACACACUCCUAGUCUAACUGUUAACACAAAGCCUAACAGUGUCAGUAGCCCUAUAUCUGCCGUACAGCCACCAAGAGUUGUUGUUGUACAGAAAAAGGGAACACCCACCCCAAGUAACAUUCCACUUCUUCCCCCAGGUGUAAAGCACCUAGAGGCAUUUGCUGGACUUCUUGUUCAGUUUCAACUCCUCACAGCUAGUGCAGGGUCAUUGUAUAAUGGAAAGUACUAUGCAAAUGUCACUAAGCAGAUAAGAUCCUCACUAGCUUCAAUACAAAGCAAGGAACAGGAAGAAGACGAAAAGCUUGUAAAAACUGUGCUGGAUUCUUUUAAGAAUAGAUCCAGUGCUGCUGUGAUGCGCGGAGCGAAACAUAUAAACAAGGAUUCUUUCUCAAAGAGUGCAGAGGCAACUUCCACUAGAGACUUAUUGAGUGAUGUUAGAGUUACUCCAGAGUAUCACUUGCUACAGAAACGAUUUGAAAGUCUGUUUUCAUGGCCUGCUUUGUUAUCCACUAUCCAAGGCAGUGAAAACAAACAGAAUCAGGACGUUCAUAUGCAUAUCACUGGUAAAAAAGCAAGACAGAUCCAUCGCAAGAAAAUGCAGGAAAAAAGGCCAGCAGAGCCAGAACCAGAUGUUGACAUGGGGGACUUGCUAGCAGGUGGAGAGGAGGCCUUUGCUGCAAAGAUAAAAAAAGCACUUGUAAAGAAAGAAAAGAAAAGAAAAAUGUACCCUUGUACUAAAGGAAAAUGCUUCUAUCGUAAUCAGCUUCUAGACAAGGAAUACAGACAAAAAAUCAUUCGUAAAAGGAUUGUUACCAAGCGCCUUAACAAAGAACUUCGUGAAAAAGGUAUUUCUGUGAAUGAUAUGAGUGCAAAAGCAAAACCACUGAAGAAAAGGUUGCAUCCAACACGCCAAAGUUCUAGAAUUGCUAAAAAGGCAAAUGUUGUAAUGCCAGACUCUUCACAAGCAUUGGACUCAAAAUCAGCUCCUAAAAGAGUCUGUAAAAGAAACAUUGACAUGGAUGUUCUAGUGAAAGUGGAGAAACUUGACCAAGCAAACAAUGACCAAAAUCUUUCAGAUGAGGAGUUAACGGGAAACAGUUUUCAAAAUGAUCUUGGUACCGGAAAUGCUGUGAUUCAAGAUCAGAACCCAAGCGAAAUUGUUGAUCUCCAUAUUUCUGACCAUGAAAGUGGUACUCAUAAAGUGAUAGAAGAAAAAGGGAAAGACAUCAAUCAUGAUGGUUUGAUUCAUUCUGAUACAAGUUUGGAAGAUGACAGUCACUUGCCACUAGAAGUACCAAUAGAAUUGGAUGAGAGCACCCAAGGGGUUUACCAUUCCAAAAGAAAAUCUGUGAUGUCUUCAGAGAAACAGCCUCUUGGACCAAGUGUUACUAAGAAAAGGAAAAUACAGGCAACAGAAAAUUCUGAAAGUAGCAGAACUGACGGGGGCAGUAUAGAUAUAUGUACAGAUGAAAAUGACCACACAACGUUAGAAUCUGUUACACCUCUUCAGUUCAACUCUGCUGCCAUUCAUCAUGGAGAAGUCUCACAUGCAGCAGUGACAUCAGAACCAAUCAAAUCUAGCUCUGCAAGUAUUCAUAUAGGGACGGGACUGCAGCCAUCCACAGUAACAGGGCCUUGCACUGUGUUCCCUGGGAUGAGUAUUCCAUCACAGCAGGGAAUAAAUUCUGUCCAAUCUGGUCCUGAUGCUGCUGGCAGUCUUACACCUGGUGGUGGACUUAGAGUGAUUGGUGGACCUUUAACAACAGGUUCUCCUUCCAAUGUGGCAGUGCCAUUUACACAUCCUGGACUGGAAGGUCAUUUGGUUUUUGCAAUUCCUGUAGAACAACUUGCCCAAAGCACUGCCCAGAUGACCUCUGCAGUUCCCAACCAAGAAGGUGUUUUCCCAGUGACGCUUCUCAUCAAUACCAAUCACUUAACUUCCUUCUGCUCUCCUGCAAGAAACAGUCAGUCAUUACCAACCGACCAAAUACCUGUCAGUCGAACAGAUCAUGUUUCAGCCAAUCAGACAACAGAGAGUGUCACAUCCAAGCAGACAACAGAGAGUGUCACAUCCAAUCAGACAACAGAGAGUGUCACCUCCAAUCAGACAGCAGAGAGUGUCACAUCCAAGCAGACGACAGAAGGUAUCACAUCCAAUCAGACGACAGAAGGUAUCACAUCCAAUCAGACGACAGAGACAUCAAAAAGUGUCACAUCCAAUCAGACUAUCAGAAGUUAAUCAGACAGUUGAAAGCUUGUCAUCCAAUUAAAGGAUUGAAAGUGACAAAUUCAGUUAUAUUAUUGAAAGAUGAUCAGCCAAUCAGACAGCUUAAUGGUAGACAUCCAAUUAGAAAGUGAAACUUUCCAUGAAAUAUGUCAUGCAAUCAAAGGAUAGAAAGUGACAAAUUCAGUUAUAUUAUUGAAAGCUGAUCAGCCAAUCAGACAGCUUAAUGGUAGACAUCCAAUUAGAAAGUGAAACUUUCAAUCAGAUAAUAUAUUCAUUGAAGUGGUAUACUGUCACUCUAACAAUCUAAUCAAACAGAAAUUUGUGUGUUGAUAAAUGUGUCAUCCAAUCAACAAGUAUUAAGUAGCGUUGAUUAAAAAAAAAAUAAAAUGAAAGUCCUCACUUCUAAUAUACCAGUUUAUGCAUGCAGACAGUAUGGUACAAAGACUUUAUAUUGAGCAAGCAGUCAUUGUUUAUCAUGAACAUGUUUCUGAGAAACAAAAAGAUUAAUUACAGAUA